AUGUCCGAUGAAGUGGUGGUAAAUACUGGGGAGUCAGCCGCCUCGUCCGCAACAACACGGCGACGAUCAAAUGUCGGCCGCAGCGGUCCCAGAGCAUCGGUAGCUUGUUGUGAUGCACAGAAUGCAAAGUCGGGCACGCGAUGCACUGCAUGCCGCACAUCUGAUAUUGAAUGCGUGCUCAUCAAGAACGAUGAUCGUCGAAAGUACGGUUCUAGGCAGCACAUUGCAUCAUUGCAAAGGCGCAUUCACUCUGUCGAGGCUCUCAUUAGUGACUACCAAAAAGGUUCUCAAGAGCAAAUAACACGUCGGUCCAACCGCAUGCCUUCCGAAGACUUGUCCGACUUAUCUGAUCAGUCCGACUGUGACGAGACUUCCAAUACAAAUCAAGGGAUGGUAGGAGAAGGUAAUAGUAACGAAGAUGUACCAAGGGCCCAGACGCCUAUGUCUUUACAGAGCGGCCAUGCCGAAAACAUGGAAGGGUGCGCAAAAGAAGUAAUAAAUGUGGCUCCAUGCGAUCAGAGCAGUGGCAGCUCCACCGGCAUGGCUCUCGGUGCCAAUAUGCCGCAGCAUGCACUGGAUCACGACGUCGCAUGUUUACAGGACACUGCUGGGUUUUCCGUCUACCUGACACCAGAGAUGGAUGAUGAAGUUUCUAGCCUCGAUGCAAAUUCUAGUUCUGGCCAAAUCCACUACUAUGGCCCUACGACCCAACUGCACAUUCAAUCGCCAUCGGCGAGCAAAGCAUCGUCUUUGCCAACCACCACUUUUGAUCCAGAAUUUGUCGUGGAUAUGGAUUCGCCACAAUUACGCCGUGUCCUGUUACGGUCAUGCUGGGAGUAUUAUUCAUGGUCUGUUCAGGUUGUCGAUGAAGAUCUGUUCACUUCGCAUCGAAAGCUUGGUGUCCGGUCACAAUACUAUUCGGACUUUCUGGAAAGUUGCCUCCUGGCAUGUGCCACCAGGAUCAGCACAUCACCAGGGGUUAGGAAGCUAGGGCGUGCCUAUGCAGAUAGGGCAAAGCAUGAGGUGGUGUUUGAGCUCGAAAAUCCGAAUCUAGCCUCGAUUGCUGGAUUUCUCCUCCUGAGCGACUUUGAGGCAACAAAUGCCCAGGACCGUGCUGGGUGGAUUUAUUGCGGAAUCGCUUGUCGGCUCCUGUACGACCUAGGGGCCCAUCAAGACUGCACUGCCCUAGUCAACCAGGGAAUCCUGUCCCAAACAGACUUGAAAAUGCGAUCUCUCUUGUUCAUGAGUGCAUUCGUCUAUGACAAAACGUGGGCUUUAUACUUGGGCCGGCCAGGUUGCAUACCGACUGGUACCAUGGAUGUCAGCAGCCAGCCGUCCAUAAUUGCCACUUGCGACAAUAAGAACCUCACAUGCUGGGUCAAUCUUUGCACUCGCAUCUCCGAGGUCACUGAGUGCUUGAAUGCUUCGGGUGCCUCUCUGAACCGUAAUCGGGUAGAGGAACUUUUACAGGUCGAUAACAAGAUCAUGAAUGCCUACGACUUGAUUCCCCGCGACAUCUCUUCGCAACAUUGCCGCAUCUCGGAACUGGAUCAGUCAGCAUACGGCCUCAACAUUCAGUUUCACGGCAUUCGCAUCGUACUGCACAGGGCUCUCAUCAGAAUAAUAAAGAAACAACAGCCCCCGAUUUCUAGCGACUGCCUCCGCAUGGAGAAAUCCCGCAGCAUCAUGCACGAUAAUGCCGUCAGUAUCUGCCGCCUGGUUUUGGCAUAUCGCGAAAUAUUUGGCAUUGAGAAUUUCAUCACCAUCAUGCUGGAUAACAUGUACAUCGCGGCUAGCACCAUUGUGUCACAUAUCCUUCAUCCCCCAAGCGGAUAUCCCAACACCUUGGCCUCGGACGAUAUGCAGUUGUUGAGAGUCUUGUCUAAAUCCAUGGAGUCGGCGCAGAAACACUACCCCGUCGCGGAGAAGAUGAGAAGCACCUUGGCACGAAUCACACGAAAUGUAGAGUUAGCGGGUCUAUUUGGGCAAGCCGACUCUCUGAUAGGCUUCGCAGGUAGUUCAUCAACACAUCCGGAACAGGGCUCAUGCCUACCCCAGCCCGGAUCAUGGGGUUCGAUGGAGGCUCUUUUGACUGAUGAUGUUAUCCUGGGACAUACCGAUAUGCUGUUGGAUGGCACAUCUGGUGACCAAGACCGGAAUAAUACUAAUUGGCUUGGCGAUACAGACUUGGGGUUACUUCGUUGA